AGACAGAACAAUUUUGAUUUCCUAGCUUUCUGUAACUUGAUGAUUUAUAAUAGCAUAUAGCUCUGAGAUAUUCCUCCGGGAUACUUAAGAGGCCAGUGUGUCUGUCCCAGAGAUACAAUUAUCAUCUUGUGCAUCAGACUCAAUCGCAGAAGUGUCAAGUCUCUCAUCUUCAUUCAAUAUUCCUGCAUACCAAGCCAAGUCUACGCCCACACCACUUCAGCAACAUGUCUCUCAAGCCGAUCACUCUCUGGGGCCACGACAGCGGCUCUAACGCCUGGAAGGUGGCCAUGGUUCUCGAGGAGCUUAGCGUCCCUUACACUGUCAAAAUGAUCGAUUUCCCAGACAUGAAGAAGGAAGCGUACGAGUCAAUCAACCCCAAUGGCCGUGUGCCUUCAAUUGAGGACCCGAAUACGGGCAUCACGCUGUGGGAGUCGGGUGCCAUUAUUGAAUACUUGGUCGAAACUUACGACAAGCAAAACAACUUUAACUUUGCUCUAGGCUCGAAAGAGUACUACGAAGCCAAGCAGUGGCUAUACUACCAGGUAUCUGGCCAGGGCCCCUACUUCGGACAGGCUGUGUGGUUUACCCUCUACCACCCCGAGAAGCUCCCUAGUGUUGUCGACCGCUACGUUAAUGAGAUCCGUCGCGUCUCCGGCGUCCUCAACGGCGUACUGCAGGGCAAGGAGUUCCUCGUAGGCGGCAAGUACAGCUACGCCGAUGCUUCUUUCGUGAUGUGGUAUGCCAUCGCGCCCCUUUUCGCGGACAGGAUCAACCUCGAGACGGACUUCCCCGCCCUCAACGCCUGGUUGGAGCGCAUCAAGGCCCGCCCGGCAAUUGCAAAGAUUAUUAAGGACCGAGAAGCGGCUAUGGCGGCGUCCAAGUAAAGGCUUGUUGGGGGUUCGGGGUCAAGAGAAUUUGUCUACAUAUAGCACUUGAGUAAAAACCAGGUCUUAAAGACGGUAGUAAGAGUUUCAUUAGCUACAUCUAUUCUAUCAUAACAUUCAUUAGCAACAAAUUAGACCGCUUAAUCGCUGUCUAAAACAAUAACCUCUGCCUCCAC